GCUUCCCUGUUGUCAAGUUACGCUUGAAUGUUCAUUAGGUGAAAAGAUGUAUAUAAAGGUGGGAUAAUUGAUUUAUUAUAACUGGGAAUUGUUUGAUUGUUGUUCCCACAAACAACUCAAACACUGAGAGAUUCAAUAAAUGGAACAUUGGGGCUAAAUAAGUUGACGGGCACCUGUUCACUGUUGACUGUUGUGAAAUUUGGGUUGUAAAUUGUAAUCAAUUUAUUGGAAAAAAUGGGAACAAUGAUACUGCAAUCCCAGAUUGGGGCCCUGGAGAAUGGACUGAAGGAUUUACGUAAAUCCAGGUUGAUGCAAAUAAGAGAAUUUAAAGACAUGUAUGGUGCUAUAGAAAAUCAUCACAGAGAUUUAAGAUUAGCCCAUCUCACUGGUAAAGCCAAAGAUUUAAUGGUACAGGCCCAGCAAGACACCAGAUUUUUUCAUAUUUUGAUAAAAAUGAUGUGUGAAGUAAAACAGACUUCUUCAAUGAAACAAAAAGACUCAUUAAUUAAGGUCCAUCAUUGGUACACUUCAAACAAACAUAUUCUUCAUACUGCUCCACGAUUUGGGAAACAGAGAAAAGAUUCUGCAUCCAGUAAGACUCAGACUGCGGCACCACGUGCAAAGACAGCCUCUGCUAAACGAACAAAGAGUACCAAGACACACGCCCCUACUAAACAACAGGAAGUAGAGACAACUACAGUGAGACUAGCAUCAGCUGAUGGAUCUAAAAAUAGAAUUUUCUGUGAGACUCCAUCUAUUAGAACAGAAUCUCCAUAUAAAACGGGAACCUUUGACCUUGACCUUCUGCCAUCUAAUCAAGAUUAUGUAAAUGAUUAUUUGUCAACAAAUUACCUUACAGAGGGAGAUAAUAAGAUGUCAUCACUUCAACAUUUCCUGAAUGACCUACCAGGUCCCUCCAUUAGUGAAACAGGAUCUCACCUUGCUGGACAACAUUUCCAGAUACACAAAUCUCCUGGUUCUCUUGGUGAUAGUGGUGACACGCCCCCUGGAUCCCCACGAGAAGAUAUAGAUGGUUCAGCAGUCAGUCCAAACUACAUUGACAGUUUGAUUAACUACAGUCAUAAGAAUGAGGAUGAUGAUGAGGGACCUGAGUUUGAAGUAGAAGUUACAAUUGGACCUGACGAUUCAGACAUGCACGAAUCACGGAGAAAACUGUCUAGGGGUAGGACACCAUCGGCAAGUUUCAGGAGAGAUCAAGUUUUAUCAGAUCAGUCAUCAAACAUAUCCAUAGCGUUACCUAAGAAGAUGAUUCACCCUAUCGCUAGCUUGGUGAACCCCCAUGCCACCCUAGCGGCAGCUGAGGCCAAGAGGGCCGAGGAGGAGUAUUUGAAUUCCAGGCAAGAUGUUUACACACCAUUAAGGCCAAGCAGACACACAAGUGCACAGAUAAGAAGUCACAUGACAACACCAGUUGGUGGAAGGCCUCUGUCUAACACAAGGGCAGAGAAUCUCAAUCAGUGGAAAAACUUCAAUCAGGAUUUCUCCUAUGGUCAAGAUAUAUUAGGAAAGCUGAACUUUGUUGGUCGCAGUGGAACAGCGCUUGAUGUUCGCUACUCAUCACAUGGACAAGGCGAGUCCCCAGAGAAUACUACUCCAUAUGUACUGGCUUAUCUGGCCAAUCAAUCACUUGUGAUGCAGUCCGCCCCAAUCCAAGUGGACAAAGAAAAUCGCCUUUUAAAUCGGCCGCUUGAAGAGUUUUAUGAAAUGGCAGAGGAUUAUUGUCCAUCUAAACUUCCUAAGUAUCAUCAUCCUGUGGUCAGCAAACCACCGACUCAACCGAAGUCAGCUCCACCAAAGUCUUCUCGAUCAGAUGGAACCAGUAAAUCAGCCAGAACACAUCAACUUGGUAGAAAUCUACUAGAAAAGGAUGAUAAGAAGUCAGAGGUUAAGGACAAUGAUAACAGAAGUAGGUCAGAGGUCAAAUUGGACGUAGUUGUCAACAUGAUAGAGUCUGUUUCAGAAGAUAUGAUCCAUUUUAAGGAAAAGCUUGCACCUCAGCCUGUUGCAGGAUUCAGACAACCAGCUAGUACAGGAGUGUCUAGGAAACCUUUGUCCAGACCAGCAACAGCCUCAGGAAUAAGAAGUUCAAGCCCUAUGAUGAGGACUAAUUCUCCAGUUGGUAACCAUGACAACCUUGCACGUUCUCAGUCCAGCCCUUACCUGUCAGAGGAUAUUUUGAUUGUUGAGGAAACAUCUAAAUCAGCUCGUUCCUUACCGUCUAAUCGAGUAGUGCAGGCCAUUGAUUGGCGAGGGAAGAUAGCUCCUGAUUCAGUCCGAUACAAUGAAAGUCAAAAUGAAAGAUGGCAGAAAACUCAGUUUGGUGGACAUACAUAUGUUAAGAAAAUGCCCAAGGGUAAAAGACCUGUAGGUGCUACACAUGCUGGAAACCGUCCUAAAACUGCUCCCGUCACAGCCAGGGAAAAAUGGAAAACAGAAAAGCCAAGUGAUCACAACACACGAGUUGAAGGUCAAGCUGCUACCAAUACCAUGACACAGGUGGACCAGAAUGUUGUUGAUUCCAUGAUGGUAGUCAAUCAUAUUCUCGGCUCUAGUGAUUCAAGUUUACAGAGAUAUUUUAAAGGGUCUGGAUCAUUUAAUUCGCUGUACUUAGAUGAGAAUUUCCUAAAGACUUUUAAUUCAAGAGUUAUGUCUGCCAGUGGCACCACAAAUACAAACACACCUGUACCUAUGGAAUAUGUUCCCAUUGUAGCCAAUGCUCCAAGGUCAUUGCCAGAAAGUCGUACACACAGUCGUUUGACGAGGAAAUCAGAAAGAUCUGACAGCAGGAUCCAAGAAUAUGGAUACAUGCCUUGGAAACAGGGCAGACACAGUGGUCAUUUUAGGCUACUUCCAGAAGAUGAACUAGAUGAUUAUGUGACAGAGAAACAAGAGGCUGAAGAAGUUUAUUCCCAGACGGGCAUUGUAACAACUACUCCUGUAGAACAGGACAAACCAGCAGAUGAGGAAGUAGAAUUACAAGAAAAGGAUGUGGAAUUAGUGGAAACUGUAGAGAAGCAAUCAGGAUCUGAAGAGAAGCAAACAGAAACUGUAGAGAAGCAAACAGAAACUGAAGAGAAGCAAUCAGAAUCUGAAGAAACCACACAGAAUGUAACUGACCAACCACCUCACAUUAUACAACCGGUCCAUUUCUCACAGGAUUUACAUAAUGGUGAUGUUCAUUUAGAAGUUUUGGCUAUUCCAUCUGGGGGUAGAGUACCUACACCUCAUCAAGAAAAACAUGGAACAAUCCAAGAAUUGUCAGCAUCAGAAAGUUGGAAUUUUUCCCCUGAUGGAGACAUAGUUGAUGUUAAAGAAAAAAAGAAAGCAUAUUCUAGAUUAUCCCAUCGUGACGGUCAUUGGUUUAAGGAAAUUGUAAAACCAGAAAAUUAUUGUUUUGAGUGUAUACCUGAUAGUAUGUCGACCAAAGUGGGUCGCCAAGCUGGCAGGAUGCCAAAUGGAACACAAAGUGCUUCUUCACAGGUGCUACGUAUGUCUAGGAAACAGACAGAAUAUUUUAAACAUGCUCCACCCCUCAGGACUCCUCCUUCAAUUCCCAGUGCUUCACAUCGACAGUCACAGUUUAUAGACCAAUCACCCCGGUACGGACAAACAUAUAGCUCAGAAUUAGAACACCAUGCAAGGUCCACCAAAAGUCCAAGGCAUUAUAUGGAGCAAGUGGUUGAUUUAAGGACAAAUGGUAUAAGAUCUGCUCCUCCCGGGAGUCAUUCAGGGUUAGAUGGCCCAUUGUCAUCAUCACUGCAUGUAUCAAGUUUGUCGUCCAGACAGAAUACAAUGAUUGAAACAUCAAGAAGUGGUAUUGAACAUGAGAAAACAAUAUACCCCAACACGGCACACAUAGAAAUAGCAGCAGAUGGCUCUAGACAUGUUGUCUUUAAUGAUGAGAGAUUAGAAUCUGUGGCAGAAUCUGGAAUGGCCAAUGGAAAUGGUGAGGAAGCUCAAGACAGGUUUAAAUCAGCAACGACACAGAAGUCCCGAAGAUCUAACCAAUCAAUAGCUCGUGUUGGCAGACCUAUAGCUCAUUAUUAUAACAUUAAAGAUCCUUAUGAAACAGCAGCAGCUUUCAAACUUCAGAAAGAGGCAGAAGCAGCUGUGGACAUUCAGAGAAUAUUCAGAGGUUAUGUAGCAAGAAAUAUGUACAAAAAAUUAAUAAAAGAAGAACGAGAGACAAUGGAAGACAAGAGAAAGGCCGCUAUAGAAAUACAGAGAGUAUACAGAGGACAUUUGAUACGCAAAACAAAGAUACUCAACCGGCCACCUGUAUCAAAUGAAUCAUUAGAAUGGGCAAGGGAGCUCAAAAUUGUCCAAGCAGAAAAAGCUCAAAAACGACAAAACAAAAUGGAGGCACUAUCCAAUUUAAAUACCCUGAAUCAUCAAUCAAGUUCCUCCAAGCUGUCAACCAUUGGACCUCACGUCGAGAUAUACCAAAUAUAUCACCCUAAACUAACAGGACCAACAAAGAAGGAACUUUAUGAUGCAGCUACUUCAAUUCAGAAAAAUGUGCGACGGUUCUUAGUGCGAUGUCGAUUUGACAGGCUGUAUAGAAAGGCUGUUUGGUAUGGGUCAACAUGGCCAAAAAUGGUCAAAGAUUACAAGAAUUCCCUGAAGAGAUGUCAACAUCGACAUGGUGUAGAUAGAGCCAAAACACCAUUCACUAUAGAGUAUAUGAAUGAUUAUAUGGAAGCUAGGAGAAGAUAUGAGAGUGUAUUUGACAAGAAGGCCUUUGCUGGAGAAAUGGAGUUUAGUGAAUUGGAUCAGUUUUUCAGGGAGAGCGAUUUAUACCCAUCACAGUCAGAAAUUGAGGAAGCUGUAGAUGUGGUAUUUCAAGGACAAGCCUCAUCAAAGAAAGGUUUACGUAAAAGUGACUUAUUAGAACUAGUGUGGUAUAUCUAUGUACCCAAAGCAGCAGGUUUACCUAAUAUGCGACAGUCAACCUGGUUAAACCCAAUCAUAGAUGGGGUGGAGGCUCGUAAGCUGAUAGCGGGCAAACCUAGUAAAAAGGGAGCCUUCACAAGAAGUGAAUUUGUGGAGAAAGCUCCAUUAGAAGUUUGUGCAAAACUUGUUAUUGACUCAAAGAGAGAGAGACGAGAAAAAGAGAAAUUAGAAAACCUUAAACGUCAGGACGAAGAUGCUGCCAAACUUAAGAAAGAUCUCAGUCAGUUUCAAUAUGAGGAAGAGGAUGAAAACGAAGGAAUUAAAGGAGAACUGGCUAGAACUAGAGAGAGACUGUCCUCUACUAAGUCCAAGGAUGAUAGUCAGAAUUAGCAUUAGAAUUUAUUUAAGAUUGUUAGGAUUAUGUGUACACAUGACUUGAAUGCUUUUUGGAAUAUCAGAAUCAAGGUUACACAUUACUUGCAUUCCUUGAGGAUUGUCAAUAUUAUAUGUAUAAAUGAAUUUCAUGCCUUUAGGAUUGUCAGUAUCAUGUGCACACAUUCUUGCAUGCCAGGAUUGUCAGAAUCAUGUGUACACAUGACUUGCAAGCCUCUAACCUUUAGGAUUGUCAGACUCAUGCCUGCUUUUAGGACAUUUUGAACAUUUGUAAUUUUAACACUUGUUUCCCUAAGCACAUGCAAAACUUACAGACAUGUAACUACUUUCUCACAAAUUUAUGCAAUUUUUAACAAUGUGGAUUGCAUGGUCAAUUUUGUUAUUUGAUUUACAAAUGAAGUUUUAAUUCAUUUUUAUAUUUAUUUGUCUUAAGUGAAAUGCAGGUUGGUGAGGAGUAGAAGUGUAUUGAUUCUAAUCUGAAAGUUGGAAAUUAAACAGAGCUAUAAGUAAUUCAAUAUAUACUGGACAGGACAUUAGAGAGAUUAGGAUUACAAUGUGCCUUUGAGGUGUGCAAACUUCAUUGUUAAAUAUCAUAACUAUUUAUAGAAUUGAUCAUAUGAUCAUUUUUUUCAGAAAGCUUGAGUUUUCUAAGUCUUCAUGUUUAGAAUGUUUAUUUAUUUAUAAGCCUAGUUAGACUGACACUUUCAGUUAUUCAUUUUUAGACAUUUUAUAUAUCAUUCACAUACAUUUGUACAUGUAUUGUAUAAAAAGUAAAAUCACAAAAAUACUGAACUCCGAGGAAAAUUCAAAAAGGAAAGUCCCUUAACAUAUAUUUCUUGCUUUAUUUGAAAUUUUAUAUAUGCUUAAUAAACUUUGGUUAGUUUGCCUAAACCUUUCUUUGUUUACAUAUAUAUAUAUAUAUUUCACCAUUACUUUAUGUUCUACUUUGCCACUGUAUCCAUGCCAGUUGCCAGUGUAAUGUAUCUAACCUUGGUGUAUAAGUUAGAGAUACAGCAAGUGUUGGCAGGGAGGCAUAAAAGAAGUAAUACUGUGUUCUGACAUUGAUUAUAUGCUCCUAUGUGCAUUGCUUCCUCUUCUACCUAAUCAGGUGAUGCGUUGUCUAGGGUGGAUGCAGAGAGAUGGGUCCUCUUAAUAUAUCCUCAGAUUAAUUGUUCCCAUCUUCCUCCAUAUUUUAAAACUUUUUGUCCUAUUGUUACCUCUCCGCCUUAUUUGACCACUGCCUCUCUACUGUAACAAUCCUCCAUCCAUUAUAUCUUCUUUCAGCCUAGUUUGGAUCCUGUUUUCCCCUUCAUUUUGUGUUUGUGCUUAUAGUUUGAAAAGCUUAUAGAUAGUUUCUUGUGCACAAGAGUCAGAUAGCAAUACUGUUUUAUGGUUUAUACCAUGACAUUAAUUGAAUGUUCCUUGUAAAAUUUAAUGACUUGUAUAAAUUGUAAAUAUUUUUACUUUUCUUGUCCAAAAGAAAAGAAACAUGAACAUAUGGAAUGAUUGAUUUGAGAAAUAUUGUAGUAAACACUAGUACAUGUACAAACAGUAUUGGUAACUACCAAGUGGCAAAAAUCUUUUGUUUAUAACAGAAUAAGUUGUCUUUUAAAUCUUACAGAUUUUCUAUCAAUCUGUUGGCCUGUGUAAGGGAAAAAGAAGAUACUAAGAGUUUUGAGGGGGUUGGAACAAUACGAGGGAAACAAAUUGGAAUAAACCUUGUCAUAUGUGCAAUAGCAUGAAUAAAUGUAAAUAGAUCAAUUUUAUAGGUAAAUUUGCAGAAUAUUACCACCCUAUCCUUUUACCCUGUAUCGUUUUUGUUAUACGACCACAAAAAAAUUUUUGUGGUCGUAUAUUGGUAUGACGUUGGCGUCGUCGUCGUCCGAAGACACAUUGGUUUUUCGCACUCUAACUUUAGUUUAAGUGAAUGGAUCUCUAUGAAAUUUUACCACAAGGUUCAGUACCACAAAAGGAAGGUUGGGAUUAAAUUUUGGGGGUUAUGGUACCAACAGUUAAGGAAUUAGGGGCCAAAAAGGGGCCAAAAAUAAGCAUUUUUGUAACUUCCAGACAUAACUUGUGUGUUAGUGUAUGGAUCUCUCUGACAUUGUACCACAAGGUUCCAUAUCACAAAGGGAAUGCUGGGAUUGAUUUUGGGGGUAAUUGCCUCAAAAUUUUAGGAAUAAGGGGCCAAAAAAGGGGCCAAAAACAAGCAUUUUUCUAGUUUCAUGACAAUAACUUGUGUGUAAGUGUAUGGAUCUUUCUGAAAUUGUACUACAAGGUUCCAUAUCACAAAGGGAAAGUUGGAAUUGAGUUUGGGGGUAAUUGCCCAAAACGUUUAGGAAUUAGGGGUCAAAAGGGGGCCAAAAAUAAAUAUUUUUCUAGUUUCCAGACAAUAACUUGUGUUCAAAUGUAUGGAUCUCUCUGAAAUUGUACUGCAAGGCACCAUACAUUGUAACACAAAGGGAAGGCUGGGAUUGAGUUUUGGGGUGAUGAAUCAUAAGGGGGUUCAAAAAAUUUGAGGGGGGAUUUUUUUCCCCCUUUUUUUUCUUUAAAAUUUUCCAUUUUAAAUUGGUUAUUUCUGAUUUAUAUAUAAAAGCAAAUAAUAAUGAUAUGGUUUGAAUAGGUAAAUUAAAAAAUUUUAAGUUCUUAGACCACAUUCAUUCUGUGUCAGAGACCUAUGCUGUGUCAAAUAUUUAAUCACAAUCCAAAUUCAAUGCUGUAUCAAGCUUGAAUGUUGUGUCCAUACUUGCCCCAACUGUUCAUGGUUCGACCUCUGCGGUCGUAUCAAGCUGCGCCCAGCGGAGCAUUUUAUUUAACUAACCUUUCCCACAUAUCGUUCUUUUAUAUAUUGUUAAGGUAUAUAACUUAUUUCAUUUGUCUUAUUAUAUGUUAUUGUUUAUCAUCUGUGAUAUAAAGGGAGCAAAUAUUUUUCCAUGUUUUUAUUUUAGAUAAUUUUAUUUGUGAUCUGUGAUAUUUCAAGGGUUUAUUGUAAUGUAAUCGGCAAUUGUUUAGACAUGUUACUGCUGUUAUAUUGUUAUGACUUUGUUAAAGUCUAUGUAGAUUCUAUAAGUGUUAUGUUGACAAAGUUAAUACACUAGGACAUUUAGUUGUAAGACAUUACUGCUGAUGUGAGCUAUUAAUGAGGGUAGGAAUGGUGUCGAAUGUCCCUUUCAUUGCCACUGUUAGCAUCAAAUGAGCAUAAAAAAUGUAUCCUGAUUUAUCAAGUGCUGCUUUGUUAGCAUCAAAAGAAGAAGAAAAAAAUCAACAUUUAUUUCAAUCAAUUUUUUACAUUUUUCAUGUGAGGUAUCCCAUUCCCACCCUCAUCCAUUACUUAUAUUUUUAUUUAAUUUAUUCUAUUUUAUAAUGUUUAGAUCACAAUUUACAUAAUUUUAGGGAAAAGUAUUUCUUUUCUUUUUUUAUUAAUUCUUUAAGCACUGAUUGAAUAUUUGACAUUCUGAUGUGUGAAAGUAAAAUAAAUAUGAUAGUUUGAUAGUUCACAUGGUAUCUAUCUUUAGAAACAAUAUUGUUGACAGUAUUACCAUUUGUAAAUAUUUGUUUAUUUUGUUUUUCUGCUGAUAAUAAAGCCAAGCUGUGAUGUCA